UAAAAAAAUAAUUCAGCCUUAGAAGACAAGAUGUAAGAAUGAUUUGAUAUGUUAGAAGUCCACCAGCAACCUCGAAAAAGAAACUUGUUCUCCAAAAUCAGGUCACGUUUCCCUCGAAGGAAGCGUAAGAGCAGGUACACGCAAGGAUUCGAAGAUUUGCUGUCAGACUCCUGUUCUCUUCCUUCUAUCAGUGAGUACGAGGAGAUAAAUCAUUUGCCUGAAACUAAAGUCACUCGGUCACAGUUGAAACCACUAGAGUUUGUUCAGGAAUCCGAGUACAAUGAUUGUUUAGAUAUACGAUCAAAUAGUCCGCAGGCUAUUGUUGAAGAAGUGGAGAAAUUAUUUGAAGUGUCACCAUAUUGUUCUGGAAGGAAAGACAGUGGCGAUUCUUUAGAAGCAGUUACUUCCUUAAUGUCAGACUCAGUUUCAAUUAUCUCUGAAUCGAAUCUGUCUGAAGGAGAGCUGGGAUUUACAAUCUCCGCUUCUUCAUCUGUUCAUUCCGGAGACGAGAUUGAGGAGAUGAUACACCAUGAACAUCAUCCAAAUCAUUUGACCGAUGAACCAUAUGGUGGGGAUACAACUGCGUUUGUAAAUCCUUUGCUAAAAGAUCCAUUUAACAAAGACGGCGGUAGUAGUACCCUAUACAAUAAUACCCGACAAUAUUUCAGUAGGGAUACUGCUCCCAGAACUCAGUUUGAAGUUUGCCCGUUCGUUGAGGCAGUAUCUCCACUCAACUACUUAAAAGAAAGUGGGAUGGUUUGUCCUGAUAUCUCCCUACCUAGCAUGGAACUGUUCUCGGCUCUGGCAUCAAGACAUAAUAAGAUGAUACCGAUAGUUGAGGAUGAAAUUGUUAACGUACAAAAGGAGGAAGAACCCAUAAAGAAGACCUGGUAUUCGGUGGAACAAAAGAAAAUGGUAUUCACUGACGCUUUAACUGUUAAAACAAAAGCAAAUCCUUUGGAACAAGAGAUAGCUUCUUUGACCACCAAUAUGCUCAAGGAAACCAGGCAAUUCUCCCCAGGAUCAGUAGAUUCAGGUUUAGAAGCGGAGUUCGAUGAUUUUUCUGAAGACAUUGAGAGCAUCGAAGAUUUGCUCAUAGUGGACGAGAUAGAUUCUUACAACAUUCAAAGAUCCAGAGCUUCUAUAAAGUCUGACUCAGGCUCGGAAUAUGAAAAUCAUCUAGAUACUUCUAUGAGCGUAUUUCCACAAUUUGACAGGCUCGAGAAUUGUAUGAACCAAAUGUUAACAGUCUCCUCACUUUACAACAAAAGCCCCGCUCCUGCAGAGCUUGAACAGGGUGGUGUCAGUGCUACACGAGAACAUUUAGCUGGGUAUCAAGAUAGCUCACCUGAUGAUCAUGACCACCAAAAUGAUCAUAACAUAAGUGAACCAGUACAUAUUGAGGAAUAUGAAAUAGAGUCUAUUCAAACGGGUGUUGAUGACGGAUGCUCUGAUUCAUGUUCUGAGGUAGACGUCAUUACAAUACGUCAUGUAGAUGACUCAGAAAGUGAUACUACCUCGCACUACUCAUUUGAAACUAUCACAGAGCCGGAAUCCGGAGAAGAAACCUCCAGUCAUGUUUGGGACGCAGAUCGUUCUGAUUCAUGUUUUUCUGAUGAAAAGAACUCGUUUGAUGAUUCCUCUGAGAAUUCAGAUAUACGUAACUUUGAUGGAGAUGUCUCCUGGCUGCCAGGGGAUGAUUUUAUCGAGAUUCAUGAUGCUUUGAAAUCAAUUUGGAGCGAUGACGAAGAAUUGUUUAGUAUCAUCAAAGUACUAGCCAAAUGGGGCAAGUAUAACGUGAUUCUUGAAGGCACAUUAAGCGUCGAAAACAUGUGGGAAGACCAUGUGUAUUUUCAGUCAAACAAAAGUUUUCGAGGGAAGGGGAAGGAGCGCAGGUCACAAAAUCUUAACGUCGAUAAACCUCCUAAAACAAAGGCUGGUAGGUCAGAUCAAGAGAAACAGCUGUACAGUUCUGUUGAAAGUGAAAGUGAAAGUGAAAGUGGUUUCUGUCACGUGGUGGAUAAACUGUUUAUGGAAUAUCAACAUGAGAGGUUACUUCAGUUCAAUUCUCUUAGGCAGAAGAGCUUGUUUUGCAGCAAUUGCAAUAACUUUCAUAUCAUUGAAAUUAUUUGAUGGCAAAUUUAUUCUCCACUUAUUAUACUCCACUUAUUAUAGGACUGAAACAAAUCGUUUCGAUUCAAUGUAAUUAUGAGAUGUCUUUGUUAUGCAAUAUAUGAUAGUUGAUCAAUUUAAAGCAGUUUUAGAUUUCCUCACCUUACACUAUGUAGAGAUUGUGUAGUUAAUCAUUUAUUCCUCUUCUCCUAGAUGUAUACUUAUCAGAGUUUUAUUAACGAUAAGCUUGAUUCAUUAAAAGCAAAUUCCUCUUAAUUAAAGUUUUACCGCAAUAAAUUUUCAAUUAUGAAUUAGUAGUACCAUUUCUUACCUUAUUUCGGCAGGAGUUCAUGUAACCAUACAACAAGUUUAAAGCAACAAAUAUGAGAUGUCAGCAAGCAUCUCAAAAGUGGUUUAUAAAAUAAAAGAAAGGUCACGAAAGAAGAAGCAGAGAAAAGUUAGUUUUGCUGCAAAAGAGCACUUGGUGGAAACAAAGUUGAUAUCAGAAGACGAGAGUGAUAUCACUCCAGAUACUUCUGACUCAGUUCAGUACUUUCAGAUCCCUGACAUCAACAUGCAGCAGCUCAGUAUGCUCUCUCAUAAAGCGGGAAAACAAAACUCCCCUCACGAGAAACACCCUCUGUUUCACGAGCUGGUAACAGAAAAUGGAGUUUUGGAGGAAACAUUGAUAGAUGAUAUUAUCUCUGACGUGGCCUCCUUAGCGUCGGGACCUGACCUGGACGAUCUGAGCGAGAGAUGUGUUGAUACGGACACUGAGGUAGAUACGGAUGUUUAUACAGACACUGAUGAUGAUAGUGAGGGAGGAGGGGAGUCUAGCGAUGAAGACAUUUUAUAUGAAGCUUUCCUUCGAGAUAGCAUGACCUCGAGGACAGAGCAAUUGUCGUUCGCAGAGAUACAAAAAGGGGCCGAGUCAUCAUCUGUGAGUCCUCCAAGAGAAGAUGAUGAAGAAUUUGAUAAUUCAUGUGAUAGUGCCACCUUUUCGGGUGAAUCUAAGUAUACCCUGAAAAACAUGCCCCAUAAUAUUGAGCUUAUAGCAACGCAGCCAAUAAAAUAUCUUGCGGGUUCCGACGAGGAAAUAGAGUUUGUCGAAGAGGAAUCAAAGAUUGAUUCAGAAAAGCUGGAAAUGAUCAAAGAAGAGCCGAUACCUAUGUUAGAGAUGCCAGAGGUGGUUAAAGAGGAACAAGACGUUGAUGUAGUGGAACUGAAUGUAGCCGCAGAAGAUAACAAUCCAGAGUCUGAAUCAAGGCCCAGUAGUUCAUUAUCAUUACUUUCUGACUGUCUUUUGUCCAGUGUACUUUUACGUACACCUGUGGUCGAUUCGGUCGAUUCUAAACCAGGCGAUCCGAUGCCUGAAGUUUAUGAAUUUGAAUCGCGGCAUCACGAAAAAGAGUCAGAGCUCAUAGUCAAAGAAUCAAAAAGUGAUCUAGAGCUUGCCGAUCAGGAGGAUGCUCAAGAAGCAUCGGAGCAUUCAUUGUCAGUUUCUGGGAUCUCGGAUUCUAACAGCCAAGAUCUGACCUCAUUAGAAAGGGUGAGUCCGAUUCCAUCAUUUAAAAUACCAUUAAAUUCUCUGACUCUCAAGUCUGUGGAUCUCAUCGGUAAAAUGAUCUAUGACAGAGACAACGCAGUACAAGAAGAGCUAAACUAUUUAGAGAUUAGCUCAAUAAGUGACAUACAGGAGCAGGAAAUUGGAGAACGUGAUAAGGACACCCCACAAGUCGAGAUUGACCCUAUGGAGGAUGUACUUACACCUAAUUCUAUUUUGAUAGAUUCCAUUAUUUGGAAUGAUUUAAGUGAGUACAAAAACCGUCAAUUGGUUGCAAAAACUGGUGAAGAAGUUUGCUUAGACCAGAUCAACAGUGACCAACUUGUCGGAGAAUCUUCUGGAUCGACAGAAAUUCCUGACGAAUCAUCUAGUGUGGCUGAUCAAAUAUCUGAAGAAAUAACUGAUGGAGUUGAAACACCAGAUUCAAUUAGAGAUACAAUUGUAAAUUUAUCUGAGAAUGUGGACAAUAAGGAAUCACACCUACCAACCCACAAACGUGGACUAUCGGACGUUUCACUACCGGACAGUCUGGAUCUAAUAUUUCAGAGGUUUGACAUGAUGAUAAAGAAUCCGCCAUCUGACAAAACGAAUGUCUAUCAACUUUCGCCCGGUUUUGGGCUUGUUGAUAUUCCGACUCCAGUCUUUGAGCUAUCCGAAGCGUCAAAAGCAUCACCUUUGUUGGUAGACAACCUAUGGGCUGAGGGUGAGAUAAGUCCGGAUGUAAUUGAGAUCCUGAGUGGAAGUAGCUCCUCUAACAAAUCUGAUUCAGGUCACGUAUCAUGGGGCAGCACCCCGGUUCCCAUCAGGGGUUUCAACUUGUGUUCUAGACACUCGACUCCUGCUAGCCCCGAUAGUUGUGAUCCCAUCUCUCCUAGACAUGCUGCUGGUCCCUGUCCGAUGUGUAAAGUUGACGCUAAUUUGAGAAACCCUGUGUUUAGAAUCUGCUCGACAAGCAUUCAAACUGAUCUAACAUUUGUAGCAGAUGAGGUACGCACUUCAAUUGAUUCUGAGGAGGAUUGGUUUGAUACGAGCCCGUGUGCUUGUAGUCCGCCUAGUUCGUUGGUAAUACCCAGAUCUGACGCUACAGGUAAAUCUGUAAGUCAUGAAAUAAGCCAAACAGAGGACUGUGUAGAAUUCUCCUCUACAUCACUGAUGUCUCCAGAGAAAAUAAAAGUUUUCAUAGAAAAUUGUUCUCCAGUAAGCAGCCAAUUCGGGGAAUGCACCGACUCCACACUUGGUAGCACGCCUAGUGAGGAGAUUAGCAGUAGUAGCUGGGAGAUUAUUGGGUUGUGUGACUCUUUGGAGGAUAAGAUAGAGGAACUGAUAAAUGAGGAUAUCUCUGAUAUAGAGCUGGUCGAGGAAGAACAGUUUGUUAAUUCUACUGAGGAAGAACCUGAAAACUGUGAACAGAAACAGAGCGAAGCGGUUGUGGACACGGAUGAAUAUUAUAACAUUUGCGAAUCAGAGAAUGGGUUAGCAUCAGAGUCCGAGGGAGAAAUGUCACUGUCAGAGCGUACCGAUUCGGCUAUAGACAAUAUUAUCAGACGUCUUGAGGAGCAAAUGAGAGGUGAAAUGGUAGAUGAGUAUGGGAGACUGAACUCCGGCUCUGAAAGUGGCAUAGAAUCCUGUCUGUCAGAAGCCAGUUAUCCGGGACAUGAAAUGGAGCAGUUCUCUGCUACAAUAUCGGAGAUCAUUGUGGUCAGGUAUGACAGCAGACAGGGACAGCCAACCAGCGCUCAGAUUGAGGAGAAUGAGAUAGAAGAGGAUAUGGUGGAGGAAAUGGGAGAGAAUGUGGAAGUUAGUGAUCAUCUGACGGUAGAACAAGAUAAUGAUAUUAAUGUUAACGAGCCAUAUGUUUGUCACAGUGAAUCUUCCUCUAGUCUGUUUGUUCUCAAACUGCCUGAGAUCGAGGAAACAUCUCGAGAAUCCAGGUCUUCCGAGGUAAAUCCAGAUGAAGACUCCACUCCGAUCAGUAGAUUCACUGAAGAUAGUAACUCAACUCCGAUGAGUAGAUUCUCGCAAGAUUCUAUUCUGGAACCAUCUGCGCCAUCUUUAGAAGAAAUAGAAAACGAACCACCACUCCCGAUGAACCCCCGCGUCCUAUAUCUAUCAGGAGAUCAACCAGAAUCGUUCGAUGAGCGGUAUUCACACACAGGGUGGCAGAUAUCGGAACAUGAGUGGUGUUCAUCUGGCAGUGAACUGCAAAUCAGCCGAUCUAUCCCAGAUUCCUCUGACCUAUUGAAGGAAGAGAUUCGGUCCAUUGAAGAGAGGUCCCCGCAAAGACAAAGAGAAUAUCUGUCUGGUAAUAGUUACGAGGGUUCAACAGAUGAUGAGUCAUGGUUAACUUGGGACCAAACUGAUUACACCACUCAGAAUGAACAAUAUGAAGAGGAACUGCGGGAAGUAACAGAAAGACUCGUCAGUGAAGUUUUGACCAACGUUACCGGUAGAGCAUCCGUGGCGAGCUCCUUUAACGACAUAUACGAGGACUGCCUCCCAGUGGAAUAUUUCUCCUACGAGGCAGCAGCCCGGGGUCUGACGGGUCUGAACAGAGCUCUAGAGAACGGACCAUCUAUUCUCGAGAACAGUCUGACAGAAGGUCACGAGACAAGUCUCGGAGUUAACUCUCCAGCAGCUCUGUCAGAGAAGAGAAAACCUCUCAAGUGUGAUCCGUGGGCCACGGAACUACUGAGCGACUCAGAGUUUGCGUACCUUCGCAGAAUUUUGGAGAACUGGGGAAACUACGAGGUGUCUUUCGAGUGAUAAUCUAACUGCUAACGCUACAUUAGUGUUUUUAGUCCAUUUUUAACGAUCUUCCAGUUGAGUUUCCCAACUGUUAGGAGGAACAAACAUUUCAUCAACUGGUAAAGUUUUAUGCUAUUUGCAAACCAUGUCAAUUGAGAGGAAACCGCUAAAAUCUCUGUUAACAAAGGUUACAUGACUUUAACAUCUUUGUAAUUUAUCAUUAAUAAUUUUUCUUAUUAGCUGAUCCAAAACUUAUUUAAUUGGUUUAUUCUUUAGAGUAAUUUUUCUACUCAGCUUGCAAACUUACGCAUCAAUUCACAUUUCUGACGAAACUUAUGGGCAUGUUUUUUGUGGAAUUUAAAACAGAAUAAGACGACUUUAUAAUUGAAUAAGUCUAUAAAUUGUUUUACUGCUCAAAGUUGGAGCAGAAGAUUACAAUUACAUAAGAAAUCAGUGAUACAUCAAGAAUGACAACUGCAAUGUUUCUAUACGAUAAUAUUAAGAACUUAUGUAAAGUUAUUCAAGUGUGAUACUAAAGAAAUUAGAUUACGUCUUGAAAUUAACUCAACCAAACUUAAGUUUUAGUUAU